AUGGAUUCUAAAGACAAGCGGAAAUUUGACGAGACUGAUGAUCCUCUACCCGGAUCGAUCUUGAAGCAGCGUAAGGUAAUCGGACCUUCUCUCCCUCCGCCUCAGGAGGCCGAGGCGGCGAACAGUGAAAUCAGCAAAGAAGAUGAAGAUGAAGAUGACGACGAUGACGAUGACGAUGAUGAUUUCGGUCCAAGCCUUCCUCCGACCGGUCCACUGAAAACCCAUGCGCGGCAAGAGCCUACAGCACCUGAUACAUCUAAACCAGUUGAAAAGGAAAGUCAGCGAGAUCAAUGGAUGCUUCAACCUCCUUCCCAUUCCGACUGGUCUUCCAAGGUCGACCCCACACAACUACGAAAUCGCAAGUUCAAUACAGGAAAAUCAGCCACGGCACCUAAGAACAUGGAUUCCUCGUGGGUUGAGACCCCAGAGGAGCGAAUGAGGCGACUACAGGACGCAGUUAUGGGCGUGGCUGCCUCAACAAAUCAGCCCAAGGACCAUAAAGACGCCUCAAACGCAAAGCUGAUGGAGGAUCAAAUCAAGAAAUACAAGGAAAUGACUGGGAAAAGCACUCGCCUAGAAAACCCAAAUCAGGCCGAGAAAGAAGAUGAUGAUCCAAGUGCGCGCGCGUUUGAUCGAGAGAAGGAUAUGGCAGUUGCUUCGAAGAUAUCCAGCGCGCAGCGCCGGGAGAUGGUAAAGAAGGCUGCGGAUUACAACACACGUUUUACCAAGGGCAACUUCUUAUAG